AUGUCCAGACCGCUGUUUGAGCCUUUGAGAAACAGACCUCAGGCGAGGCAGACCUUUGCAGAGGGCAUGAACCAUGGCAUCCAGUCUCUCCGUAGAACCGUCUUCAACAGGGCGCACUCUACCAGGAACGAUGGCAAUGAGGAUGAAGAGACAGGAUCGGCUGCAACAGCAACAGCAGCAACAUCGUCUACCAACAAAGCUCCAGCCCGUCCGGUGAUGCCGCGCUCCCGCCCCAGUAUGACACAGUUCAAGGUUAGGGAACAACCAGCCAAGAUGAUCAUCCCCCCACCCUAUGGGCAGGAGAAGGUGCAGGAGGCGGCCAAGGCUAUUGCGGCUGGUAUUCCAGAUGGGAUCCCUCAUGGAGGGGGAUCACAUCUCCCUCCCCUGACAAAGGUCAUGUCCCCUGACUCGGAGACAUCCGACGAUGAGCCAGAAGUCCGCGUUCACUUUGAGAUUCAUCUUCAGGAGGAUGCUGAUAGUGAACCGAUCUGUCCGUUGAGCGAGCAGAACGUCAACACCCUGGCAACCGAACUCCAACUGACAGCUCAGGAACGAUCUGAAGUCCAGGCUAUUCAGAAUAAGGAUGAUCUCACCGCCUAUUUCGCAAAACUCCCACGCGACUAUGAUGUCCAGAUCAUCGUAUCCGAUGGGGUCCCAGACUCACCGGAAGUGAGGUUUGCACAGCAUGAUUAUGUGAUGAACGGGGAGACGAUUGCAGUUGUCAGGCGAGAGUCGAUCUCGUCGUUCGCUAAGGAGAAGAGGAGCGGGCGCCGAAAACAACGAUACAGACGCCCAACGACAGAUCUAUCAAUGAUGCCGGUUGAAGAACCAAAAGCAAGUUGGCUCGAACUGUUCUACGAUCUAUUGUUCGUCGCCAACUUGACAGAGUUCACUCACAGCCACCCCAUUACCAGUCACCUUGCUCUGGCGCAUUACAUCGGAUGGUUCAUUAUCAUGUGGUGGGCUUGGGCCGGUCAGACGUUCUGGGCGGCUAGAUUUGACAUGGAUGAUCUGUUUACAAAGGUGUGCAAGCUGAUCGAGUUCUGUGCGUUGAUUACGUUUGGCGCCUUCUCCUCUGACCAUCUGGACCGGACGUCAACUGGAUUCAUCGGGAGCUAUAUUGUCCUCAAAGGCGUCCUCGCCAUCGAAUACGGCAACGGUAGCAACCUGCUGGCGAUGAUUGUGUGGGGUCUGUCGAUCUUGUCGCACAACACGACCGUGCGGUAUAUUAUGUGGUUUUCGACCAUUAUCAUUGAGGUCGCAGUCUUGGUCUCUUUUGGACGGAGAACCUCGGUUACUUUUGCGGGAAGUCACCUCCCUGAACGGUUUGCCCUGUUCACCAUUAUCGUUCUCGGAGAGAAUAUCAUUGGACUGAUCGGAUUGAGUGCGGGUGCCAGUACAUGGACAGAAGGACUGGAUCUCUUCAUGAUCCUGUUUGUUCUGGUAACCAUUAUCCUGUACGCUCUCUGGUGGCUCUACUUUGACGACUUUUCCGAAGAUAUCUUCCACAAGACGACGACGCUGUCGCAGCUUUGGGCAUACUUGCAUCUACCACUCCAUAUAUGUCUUGUACUUGUCGGUACAGGAGCAUUGGAUUUGAUCCGCCUGUACAAGCUGGAACACCACAUUAAUGAACUCACGACCGAGGCGGCGCAUAUGACCAAUGGCGACUUCGAUCCCCUGACAGCCUCAGCACUGUCGGCUCUCAGUUUUACGACCCCAACGUUACCGAGUGGAUUUGAGAUUCCGAUCGAGCGCAAGUCUGCGGCGGCGGCUGGAGCAGCAGCUUUGUCAGGACGCGAUACCGACUACGACCUGACAAAGCAGUACUUCCUCGUCGUCUGCAGUCUGGUAUUUCUCUGCAACUCGCUCCUCAAAUGGAUCAAUCUUCGAUCCUACGACAAGUUCCAAAAGAUCGUCUACCUCUCCCGAUUCCUCAACGCCAUCUUCAUCCUCUGUCUCUUGGCCAUCCCGUUGAAGAAGAUGACGCCCUUUGCGCUGUUGGGCUCGAUGGCGUUCUUUUGUGUCCUCCAAGUAGCUGUGGACCUGGCGGUGAUUUAUUUUGGCGCAUAUGGAUUUGUGGACGAUUUGGAAGCCUGGGCCAGGAGUGCGAGGUCGAGUAUUGAUUUGGGCAGCUUCUUGCCAUCCCCGCUUGCUGGUCGGUCGCGUGCCAAUUCGAGGGUUCAGUCGAGAGCUGGCUCAACUGUUAACCUAGGCUUGCAUAACCAUAAAGGGGGCACUAUGAAGCACCAUCUUCAUCGGAGUAAUAGCAGUGCUUCUGCUUCUAGUCUUGCCAUCACCAUUCCUUUUGGACCUGGCUCACCACAUAGCCCGAACCGCGACCACCACAACCACAAUCACGACCAGCAGUUCCAGCAGUACCAGAACCAACUCUCACUACAACAGCAAAGCCCAACCCUUAGUCAACAACAGCAACAGGCCCUGUACAACAUGCACGUGAACGCCAACAGUUUGGGAGCCUCGGGAGCAUAUGGAAACUUGGUCCAGGCACUUGCAGAGAUCAAACGACGCGAACAUCUGAGCCAUCAUUCGACAGGACCUAAUGGGAUCUCGUAUCCGUACAGGCAGAUCUCGUUGAGCGCUGGUGGUGCUGAGCACGGGUCAGGACCGACACAACUGCUUCCGAGGCGAUCGGUGGGUGAUGGCCGGAUGUAUAUCCAACAGAACUCUGUAUCGCUUAAGCGGCCUGGGACCAAUGGGACACCACGGUCUUCGAUAACGAGCACGCCGCAGCAUGGCCAGGGGUCUAGUCUGGACUCUAAUGGUAGUGGGUCAGCACCUACCCUGAAUCUUGGUGGAAGCGUGAGCCGUAAAGGAGAUUUGACAUCGAACUCUGCGACUGCAGGACCAGGAAGGAACGCGUUGGGAUUGGUUAAUCUGUUCAACCCGCCGUCUCACCCUGGCAACAGUCCUCCUCCUUCCUCUCCUUGA